UCCACAGCUCUGCCCACGCGACACAAUAGCAACAACAACAACACCAUGACCUAGGCCUCCCUCUUCCUCCUCCUCCGACUCCUCCUCACGACAAUCAUGGCAUACGACCAAGGCGCCUCCUACGAACCCCCUCGCAGACACUACUACCAAGCGCCGCCCUCGAACCCAGCCUUGACCGCACCACAAAACGAGUACGCCGACUACGCCAGUUCGCCGUAUGACGACUACCAGCAGGGUGGAUAUGGCGGUGGGCCUCAGGACUAUCACCAGCCGCACAAUGGUGGUUAUGACGGCUACGGCCAAGGCAUGAAUCAUGCGCAAGAGCCGGUGUAUCACGAGUCGCCGCAUGGAGGGUAUGGUCAAGGAUAUCAACAAGAGCCAGAUCGCUCGUAUGACCCGAGGUAUCAGCCGAGAGCGCAGAGGGGACCACCACCGCCUCAGGCGCAAAGAGGGCCACCACCGCCUCAGGUACAGAGAGGUCCUCCACCACCGCAAGCGCAGAGAGGACCACCUCCUCAGGCGCAAAGAGGACCGCCUCCACCUCAGGCGCAACGUGGACCACCUCCGCCGCAAGCGCAACCUGUAUACCACCCGGAUCCUCGCGACCAGCAACGUCAAAAUGGAUACCCUCAACAACAGGAUGGUUACCCGCAACAACAGAACGACUACCCACAACAGCAGAAUGGUUACCCACCACAGCAGAACGGACAUGCACAACAAAGACCGAGAGACCAGUACGAAGAGCCACAACAUGCGCCGCGCGCACCGCCGCCUCAAAGAAUGCGAUCUGCUGAUAGUCCUUCCACACCUACCAACCCUGAUGCACUUCCCUCACACCCAGUUCCGGUCCGACCUGGUUUGAUGGGUCCACAAGGCGGAGGUCCACCACCCAAACCUCCACCAGUCAGAAAUUACAACGGUGGCCCUCAAUCCUCGCAACCACCUCCCACUCCUACAUCAACCGCACCACCCUCCCACCAACGCGGCCCAUCAAUCGACACUCCCCGACCCGUCACCCACGCCGAACUCGACCAACUCCGCGCCUCCGCCGACUCCACCAACUCCCCCAAGACCGGCCUCCUCCUCGUCAAAAAACUCGUCGAAGCUGCCUCCGUCCUCGCCAACGAAGGUGGCCGCGCCGACCGCGCCACCACCAUCAAAAACGCCGAACGCUACACCCUCGACGCCCACAAACGUCUCAAAAAAUUGGUCGCAGGCCAAUACCCCGAAGCCCAAUUCUACCUCGCCGACGCCUACGGCUGCGGCCUCCUCGGUCUCGAACCCGACACCAAAGAAGCCUUCAAACUAUACCAAGCCGCCGCCAAGGCAGGCCACCCUCAAGCCGCCUACCGCACCGCCGUAUGCUGCGAGAUUGGCGCCGAGGAAGGCGGAGGAACUUCUCGCGACUACCCCAAAGCCGUACAAUGGUAUCGUCGCGCGGCCGCUCUCGGCGACCCAGCAGCUAUGUAUAAACUCGGCGCGAUCCUGCUCAAGUCCCUCCUCGGGCAACAACGCAACGUCGCCGAAGCCGUCACCUGGCUGAAACGCGGCGCCGAACGCGCCGACGCCGAACACCCCCACGCCCUCCACGAACUCGCCACCCUCUACGAGUCCGCCAACACCGACCCCGAAGUCCGCGCCAAAGUCCUGCCCGACGACACCCACGCCCGCGACCUCUAUCUCCGCGCCGGCUCUCUCGGGUAUAAAUUCAGUCAAUUCCGUCUCGGCCAGGCGUUUGAAUACGGAUCCCUCGGUCUCCCCAUCGACAAUCGACAGAGUAUCAGUUGGUAUACGAAAGCCGCGGCGCAAGGGGAACAUAAAGCGGAACUCGCGCUGAGUGGGUGGUACCUCACGGGCGCGGAGGGCGUACUGGAACAUUCGGAACAAGAAGCGUAUUUGUGGGCGAGAAAGGCGGCGGUUAGCGAGCCCCCGCUUCCGAAGGCGAUGUUUGCUAUGGGGUAUUUUAAGGAGAAUGGGAUUGGAUGUGAGAGGAGUGCUGAGGAGGGGAGGAAGUGGUAUGGACGGGCGGCUUCGCAUAAAUUCCCGAAAGCGAUUGAACGAUUGGAGGAAUUGAAGAGGAGUGGGGGCAAGAAUGCGCCGCCUGCGAGGCCGGUGAAUGGGAAGUUGUCGAGGAAGGAGGGGAAGAGGGAUCAGAAGAGGGAUGAGGAGAAUUGUAGCGUCAUGUGA